AUGUCUCUAAGAAAUUUCAUACAAUCUUUUAAACAAUUCUUUGAGUUUGACGAAAAAGUACCAGAAAAAACAAUAGUAACACAACAUCGAAAUCAUCCACCCUCUCAACUCUUAGCAUUUAUCAAUAUUAUCAAAUCCGAACUUGAUAAACUUGCAAGUGGUGGACAAAGUUUUAUUGCCGAUUUGAAAACGCUCAAAUUCAAUGCCAUACCAGACGCUCUAAUCUUAUGUGAAUACGCAACAAAUAUCAUUCUCGGAAAUCCAAUCGAUGAUAGUCUUUUAGAAACGGAAAAGAUCGUUGUUAUGCUUUAUACUUUGCCAAGCAACAGUCACUUCGGUACUGUCAUGAGUAAAAUUUUCAUCGGUAGUUUGUGGAAACAACUGUCACAUCCACCUACCAGUUUCCUGACACAUGUUGGUUAUCAAUGGAGAUCUGCCGAUGGAUCUGGUAAUAACCUGGCAUAUCCCAAUAUUGGUAAAUCUGGACAAAAAUAUGUUCAAAAUUGUCGCUCGAAACGAUCUCAAACGAAUGAUCUUCCAGAUCCAGGUUUAAUAUUUGACGAACUCUUGAGACGAUGUCCCGACCAAGAUGGUCAAUUUAAAAAAAGCGAAUCUCUCAUCUCAAGCAAUCUCUUCUAUUUUGCAACACUUAUCACGCAUGACCUAUUCAAUACAGAUCCAGUCGAUAGAAGUAUCAAUGCAACAACAAGCUAUUUGGAUUUGAGUCCACUCUACGGUUGGACAAAAGAAAUUCAAGAUUCUAUUCGAACUGGUUCGAACGGUCUUCUUAAAUCGGAUCAAUAUGCAGAUACUCGAUUUUGGAUUCAACCUGCUGGUGUAACGGCUUUGCUUGUUCUCUUUAGUCGAAAUCACAAUUAUCUCGCAGAAAAUCUUCUAAAAAUCGAUGAAAAUAAUCGAUUCAGUUCUCUCGAAGACAAAAAACGGGAUGAAGCACUCUUUCAAACUGCACGACUCAUUAAUGAACGAACUUAUGUCAAUAUUAUUUUACAUGAUUAUUUACGAGUCAUAUUCGGAGUUAAUCGAGUAGAAAAUUCAUGGACAUUGGAUGUUCGACAAGAUUUUUCAACUAUCGAUAUUGGUAGUGAUCUUCCUAUGGCAACUGGAAAUCAAUGUUCAAUUGAAUUCAAUUUUUUGUAUCGAUGGCAUCAUGCAACAAGUGUCGAAGAUGAAAUAUGGCUUGAAAAUGAACUUUCGAGACUUCUUGGCAAUUGGAAAAAUAUGGAUAUGAAAAUGAUGUUUCAAAAAUUGGCAGAGUUAAAAGACGGUCAAAAGCACAAUUCUCUACUAGUUCGUCGUGAAGAUGGUCGUUUCGAAGAUAACGAUCUUGCAAGAGCACUUAUUGAUGGCUGUAAGAAUGUUUCUGGUGCUUUCGGUGGUCAAAAUACUCCUGUUGCUUUUCGCAAUAUGGAAAUAAGUGGUAUCUUGCAUGCACGAAGCAUGGGUGUCUGUACUCUAAAUGAAUAUAGGCAUUUUCUUCAUCUAAAAAAAUAUGAAUCAUUCGAAGAUUUGAAUCCAGAAUUAACUGAACAAUUGGCUAAACUCUAUAAAACGAUUGAUGAUGUGGAAUUGUAUCCUGGUCUUCUCUGCGAACGAAGAAAACCUGCUGUUGACGGAAGUGGACUUUGCCCCGGUUAUACGACUUCACUUGCCAUUUUGUCUGAUGCAACAGCACUCGUUCGAGGCGAUCGAUUCCAUUCCAAGGAGGCAACCCAUUUUAAUCUCACUACUUUCGGUAUGGAAGAUAGUCAAUCUAUUGAGACGAUUGAUUAUGGUACUCUCAUAGGAAGCAAGUUAAUUUCACGACAUUUGAACAGUGUCUACAACAAGAACAAUAUUUAUGCGAUGUUUCCUUUUACGUUGCCCAGUGAAACAUGGAAGAAUUUAGGUGAAAACGGAACGAACUAUGAUUUCACUGCGCCAUUAUAA